AUGGGUCGGAUUAACCGUCAGCAGUCGCCUACACCCACCAUACCCGACGACAUCAACAUCGCUAAUACCCCGCGAAAGCCCUACAACGAGCCGGACAACACCGCUGCCAGAGCGAGUACGGUCCAAAAUGAAGCAGAUAUCACCAGUCCAUCGCGUGGCAUUCUUGAGCAAGUCUUCGAGUUCAACCGGAACUUCCAGCCGGACGAACCUGGUGAUACCAUACCAAACACCUACAAUCCCGACGACUACAUACAGAGUGCUACCGAGGUGGCCACUCCAAGUGUUGGGAAUACCCCAGACCUGAGCGCUGCGGAUCGGGCCGUGCAGGAUGGAAAGGACAUGAUUGACGCAAUGAAGCGGAUAACUUCAGAAAUUCAACAGCAAUCGGCUAGCUCACCAGAAGAACAAACAUAUGUCACAAUCCCCACCCAGCUCUUACCAAAGAACGCUCCUGCCGCCCAGCAGGAACAGCUGCAAAACCUUCUCCAAUCGGCUUCCCCACAAGGCCUCCAGAAGCUCGUCUCCUACCUUGCUCCUCUACAUAACCUGUUGAAUUCCAUACCUAACGUAGCCAGCACCAUGCAGGAACUUGGCAGCCGCCUAGAUUUGCUGGAAAACGGAUCCUUCAAUUAUGUACAACCGGAAGACCUGCAUCCGACCUUGGAGAUGUAUGAGGGUAGGCUCAUCGAUGUAGAGCAUCGCCUGGAUGAACAUGAACGGAUGCAUCAGGCCAUGGAUGACCAAUCCAGCAACAGCUCCUUUGGCCGAAGGCGCAUCGAUAACGCGACGGCAUCAUUUGGCUCUGUAGACUCGACCACUUCUUCAGCACUUAUACUCGCAGCUAUGGAUCGCAAAGAUACGGAAAUGGAGCUUGACAACAUCAAAGACAGAUUGGAUGUGCUGGAAGCUGCUGCGCCACCCACAUCGCUGCAGCCCUGGGAGGUAGAGGUCGUUCUGCUACCAUGGGGUCCCGACCUGAAAGGUAUCUGGUUCUCACCUGAAGAACCAAUGCAUGAUAUAGCGAAGACGACGACACAGAACUCCGAAGAAUGGACUCAAGCUCGGAUGUCAAAGACUACCACCCUACCAUUCCUCGGGCGAGAUACAGAUUCCAGUCCGUACCCUGGGACCCGAAAUUCUGCCAAAGGUUCCAUACCUGGUCAGUCCGAGAACGGAUGGAGUAGCCAAGAUAUCAGUAAUUGGGCUUCAGGGUCUACGGACGAUUGGUUGUUCCCGAAAGCCUGUGGAAGCAACAACCUGGUCUACAAGCGACUCCAAAGCAGGGGGUUCGUUCGAGAUGUCACCUUCCGGGGCUCCAGCGCCAAAGAUAUACAGGAAGCUUUGGCACAUGCUUUCUCUGACGUGUUUGAUUAUCUGCAGUACGAUGACAGCGACGAGAACCCUAUGAUUGCUGCGUAUCCAGGUCUUCGGGCGCCGUACAUACCAUUACGAAAGGUGCUCAAAGAGUCGCGACUACGGUUCCUUACGCCUGCCGAAAUGUCCAGCAGCGCACUCUGGAAUGCCCAGUUCCUUUCAGCCGGCGUGAUGAUGAGGGUCUCCGGCGGAAAGAAAAGGCUAUACGUGACAGUGCGCGAAGCGUAUACACAACAAGUUGACCGUAACGAGUUCUUCGUCAUGGAACAGUCAUGGCCGGAGCUGCGGCAAUUACCUCGCUACCAACCCGAUAAAGGCUCACAAAUGACAGGCGACGAUGGAGAAUGUCAGCCUCAUGUUCCAGAGGCGGAUGCGAAGGAAGCAUGCUGGCAGUUCGUUGAGACAUAUGAUGCUCCGCCUGCUAGUGUGCAUUCUUCCUUUGGAAGCAACCAGUCCGUUCAACUAUCAAUGCGCCCUGCUGGUCGAAAUUGGCGACGGUCAAUCACUCCCAACUCGAUCUUGAAGAACAAGCAACCCCAGCCCAUCUCUCCGCUGAGUGAGAACCAUCUGCAACGUCCACCGUACUCUCGCAAUCGCACGGUGUCUGCUUCGGUUAUCGACACCUUCCCAUCUCGUUUGUCAAAGCGCCGCCUCCACGCUUCUGCUACAGAACAAUCAUCUGCCCCACAGCCAAUUUCCCAUGCACCUAGCCUGUCGGUAACAAGGCUAAAGCGGCGUCGUGUGACGAACUCCUCCUCCCCACGUCCCGAGACAGCACAGGUUCCAAUAUGGAAUGCGACUCCUCGACACUCACGAGAACCACCUUCACCGUUCUACUCGUCGCAACCUGCACUACCGCGAUCAAAUUCAGACAUUAUGAGCAGACCAAGUCAGCGCUCUGUUGCAGUAGCAGGGAAAUUAACACCUUUCGCCUAUGCAACGCCGCACUCAGGACCCUUUUUGGGCGGCCCUGGCUUUAACGCAUACAACAAUGGUGGCGAUACUGAGCCCGACGAUGACAACGAUGACGGGGAGCAAAGCUGGCCUGGCGUCACUGAUGGCGACAACGACAGCGCCUCGAGCUCAAUCCUUGACGCUGACGUUGGUGCGCAAGAGGGAGCUAGCUUCUCAGGUGAUGAUAGUGGCUUCGGCGGCGACAACGGAGAAGAAAGCGAUGCGCCAUGGGAUGACGACCUCUAUGCACAACGCCAGCAAGAUGAAGAUGAUGAAGAUGACGAUGACGUCUUUGACUCUUUGCUUAGUAUCAUCGAGGACUAG